AUGGCGCAGAGCUUCGAUAUUCGCCCGACGCUGAAUGACCUCCAGGAGGAGAGCCGGUGGGUGAAUUUGGCCAAAACCCACUGGAUGAAGCUCUCAAAAGCUCCGAAAGCAAAGCCUGAGGUGAUAAAGAAUGACCUCUGGGAUGGCUUGGUGUCAGAAAAUUUUGCUGUUCGUUCUCUUCUGAUAUUGGAAAAUCUUCAUAUACUUGAAAAGUUUCUGUGGCCAACAUACUCCGAAGAUUCUUCCAAUUACCAUGUCCUUCUCAUUGCUGUGAUCGCGGGGGUAAAACAGAGGGAACACUUACCAAUAUGGGAGCACUUCACGGAGAGACCAACGGACUUCUCUAACCUUUUCCGCCGCAUCCUUGCUAUGAACCUCGAUACAACGUUACCAACGAAAUCCAAAACAUAUUUACUAUCAUUUGUUAUCAGUGCCUUUCGAUCGCUAGAAUAUGCUCUUAUUCGCAAGGAAUGCGCUCCGUUGGUCACGAUAUCUAUAUGGCACAAUCUUCACAAUGAUGCUUCAAGGAACAGGCUCCUUGAACAAUCGGACGCAUUGAAGAGGGGAUGGCGAAUGGCUGUAAAGCGGUACGAGAAAGCGGAUGAUAGCGGAAAGGCAAAAUUCCGAUUUGAGCGUUCUUGGCUGUACUCGAUGUUACUCGAUUUCCUCCAACGAAUCAACGUGGCUGAUUGCAGCGAUCUGGACAAUGUGCGAUAUUGUGAACGAUUUAUGGAAUUCCUUGUCGAUCUGGACAGCCAGCUUCCAACAAGGCGAUACUUCAAUUCUAUGCUAAAGGAUUUAAACCUCCUUGCAGUAAUUCGUGUGUCGAGACUCUACAACGAAGAAUCAAAUGCGCUCUUCCGUGAUUUCUAUACUCUCCUCAGGCACUUUAUUAACUUCGCGGUAGACGAUCAGUCUGGCGAGCACCAGUCUCCUCAGGCCGUUUACGAUGCUCACUGUGGAGGGCUGGCUCACCUUCAAAGAAUAGCAAUCAAGCAUUUCAAAGAUAAACUCACCAUUUUGGCAUUGUCGAACUAUGGUUCAAUCGAGCAACGGAAUGAAUUAGAGGCUCAUUUGUCGACCUUAACUGAUGCAGAAUUAUUGGCCCUCUGUUCCCAUAUUGGAUUUAGAACAAGCUAUCCUGAACAAUCUGGUAUUAUCCCUGAUCGGCGACUAAUUCUCGAAAUUAUGCUCUCAACUUUCGAGCGCCACCGUUCCUUCCAAGAGUCCGCAGAGCAAUUGGCCAUUAUGCCUACGGAAUCGAACCUAUACGACCCUGCUCUUAUUCGCAAUGAGUCCUAUGAUGGCUCUCGGCCAUUGGCCAUUCCAAAAUUAAAUUUACAGUAUUUGAGUCUUGGCGAUUUCUUAUGGCGAUCGUUCUUGCUCUACCGCUCCGAAUCAUUUUUUGAGAUUCGAAAGGACCUCGAAUUGGUGAUAAAGCGAUUACAGCCACGCCUUCAGAGGAAUACCGGGACUGUAUCAUUUGAAGGAUUCUCGAAAAUGGCAAUACCGAUUGCAAAGCCGGCAAUAAUUGAGGUUGCGCCGGCAAAAGUUGGGUCAGCUAACCCUGCAUAUGUUCGUGCUGAAAUUGCACUGGACGUCAGCCGCCUUGGUGAUAAUGUUCGCAGGGAAUGGGAAACACUUCGGCCUGAUGAUGUCGUUUUCCUUCUUGCGCUGCAACCCAAGAAAUCGGUUAAGCAGAUAAUUAGCAAUAGCCGAGAUCCGAAAGAUGAAGUGAGCUUGUUAUAUGUCCGAACGGCGGAAGUUGUGCACGUUCUCGACGAGAACGGGCGAUUUUUAAGGGAGCCUCAAACCGAGGAAACUAACGGAUAUCGGCUGCGACCGCGCCUUCGACGAUUACUUGUAAAUCUCGAUGCAGCAUCAUAUAAAACCGAUAUGGAAAACCUUGCGAAAGGGAAAUCCGACGUAUACACAUCCAUCAAUGUGAUUAUUAGGCGAAGGGCAAGGGAAAACAAUUUCAAACCUAUCCUUGAAACCAUGCAGUUCCUAACAGUCGCGAACACAAAUCUUCCGUCAUGGAUACAGGAGGUUUUCCUUGGCUACGGAGAUCCGGCUAGUGCUAGAUAUACAGAACUCAUUAAUAAAGUGAAAUCUGUCGACUUCCGCGAUACAUUUUUGAAUUGGGACCACCUCAUCCAAAGCUUCCCAGGCCAAACAAUUGAAUCAGCCGGAGGUGCAGUCUCUCACUUUGACCCUCCGUAUGUCUUGGAGAUGUUCGAUGAUGACCGCAAAGCCACAACCUCGAACGCAUCGAAGAAGAGACGACGAGAUCAGAUUGAAGCUGUUGAGAAGGCCCCAAGCUCGAUACGUGUUUCCUCGUACCGACCACCUAACCCAGGGCCUUAUCCGGUUGAUGCACCAAAACUUAACACGAUUCGGUUUACACCUGCCCAGGUGGAGGCCAUUGUCUCUGGCACCCAACCCGGAUUGACAGUUAUCGUUGGACCCCCGGGAACAGGCAAAACUGACGUUGCAACUCAAAUUAUAAGCAAUAUUUAUCACAAUUUCCCCAAUGAGCGGACAUUACUUAUCGCUCAUAGUAACCAAGCGUUAAACCAGCUUUUCCAAAAGAUUAUGUCCCUAGAUAUUGACCAGCGCCAUCUCUUGCGGUUAGGUCGUGGAGAGGAGGAGUUGGACACCGAGGAGAGCUACAGCAAAUACGGUAGAGUGGAUACUUUUCUCGAGAACAGGGGCAGCUAUCUUGCUGAAGUAGAUCGGCUGGCUGCUUCAAUUGGAGUGGAAGGGGCUCAUGGGAACUCUUGCGAGACGGCAGGCUAUUUCAACACAGUAUACAUUCGACCAGCAUGGACUAAAUAUUGGGAUAAAGUUCAGGCCCAAGAUUGUCCCGGCGAAACCGUUAUCGCCGCCUUCCCAUUCCACUUAUUUUUCUCAAAUACCCCAAAACCACUUUUUGAUCCGAAUUUGUCAAAAGAAGAGUUGCUUAAUAUUGCUUCUGGAUGCCAAAGGCACUUGGACAAAUUAUUUUCUGAACUUGAAAAUAUCCGUCCGUUCGAGAUACUCAGAUUCCAGCGAGACAAAGCGAACUAUCUUCUAGUCAAAGAAGCGCGAAUCAUUGCCAUGACUUCGACCCAUGCAGCUAUGAGAAGACAAGAAAUUGCCAACCUUGGAUUCCACUAUGAUAAUAUCGUCAUGGAGGAGGCGGCUCAGGUGACGGAGAUCGAAAGUUUUAUUCCUUGUGCGCUUCAAAAUCCUAAAAACGGUGAACUGCCAUUGAAACGAGUAGUGCUUUGCGGCGAUCAUCUCCAAAACUCUCCUAUAGUUCAGAACAUGGCUUUCCGACAAUACGCCAAUUUUGAACAAACACUCUUCUCCCGUCUCGUAAGAUUGGGUGUACCAACAAUAAACCUGGAUCAACAGGGUCGGUCACGGCCAUCAAUUGCAGAACUUUUUAAAUGGAGAUACCCACGCCUGGGAAAUUUGCCAGCUGUGGAAACAAACGAGGAGUUCAAACUUGCCAAUGCUGGUUUCAAAUUUGACUACCAGUUUAUUAACGUUCCGGAUUAUCAGGGGUUUGGGGAAAGAGAACCUUCAGCCCAUUUCAUUCAAAAUCUUGGGGAGGCGGAGUACACUGUUGCCAUAUAUCAGUACAUGCGUUUACUUGGCUAUCCAGCAUCGAAGAUAUCAAUUCUGACAACAUAUGCAGGUCAAAGGGCUUUGAUCAAGGAUGUUCUGCACCAUAGGUGCGCCAAGAAUUCUCUAUUCGGCUUACCGAAAAUUGUAACGACGGUGGACAAGUAUCAGGGAGAGCAAAAUGACUAUGUCCUCCUCUCCCUCACGCGUACACGGACAGUUGGCUACCUUCGCGACGUCCGUCGUCUCACCGUCGCUCUCUCGCGCGCCCGGCUAGGUCUCUACAUCCUCGGCCGCCGGGAGAUCUUCGAAUCAUGCUUUGAACUCAAACCAGCCUUUGACAUUCUCUUCCGGAGACCAGAUAAGCUCAUGCUUAUUCCCGGUGAACUCUUCCCAACUUCACGAGGUUUUGUGGAAGAUGCCGCUAGCACGCCAAUGGAGGGCAUUGAACAUUUGGGUCAAUACGUAUACGAAAUGACCCAGGCGAAGAUUAAAGCUUUGGCGGAGGAGGGUAGCGCAGCGGCUCCUGCUACGGAUGCCGAUGAGGUCAUGGCAACUAUUGGUGAAGAAGGGGAGGAUGAGGACGAUGAGGAUAAAGAGCGGUUUGUACAGCCAGAGAGUAUUCUUGAUUAA